AACUGACCUCUGCUGCUGAGAGACAGUCGCUCCUUGAAGAGUAUCGGCAGUGUAAGAUGCAGCAAGGACGAUGUGAGUUUAAGUCCCGUUGUGACCUCGGGCCGACUGCUUCGCCCACAAGGCUGCUAGCUACGGUGCAUGCUGCUCGGGCACGGCAUGCGAUCAGCCUACGCGACGGCGGACUUCGCGACAUCAAAGUCAGCAAGUCCCCCUCUCAAACCGAGACCCCUGUCUUUGGCGAUCAAUUCUCCAUGGAGAAGAUUCGGUUCGCAGAAUUCGGAUAUGCUCCAUAUCACAUGCGUCCUUAUAGCCCGCUCACCGGCUCCACAUCGUUUGACAUUGUCUCACACCGUGACAUCAUUUCGGCGAUCUUUCCGCGGGAACGGCUGCUCAAGGAGAACAUCACGAUAACUGAUAACACAAACCCGGCUGUCGAGGAUUCUGUCUUUUCAACGCAGAGCAGCGAUGGACAUGUGUCAGAACAACCAUUUUUCGAACGGGCCAUUGCAACAAGCGGAAGCCAUGCCGAGUAUUCGCCGACUCGUCGCUGUUCUGUAUCUUUAUAUGAUAGCGAGCUGACAGAUUCGCUGGAACCACUACCUCCAUCUUGUACGACAAAGUGGGCGCCAUACAAUGGAUCGCGCUCUUGUGGACAUGCGCAACCGGAAUGGACUCCAGAAACCGCUCCCUUCACUCACGAGAUAUAUGAUCCUUCCAGCAACGCAAAUUGGUGGCAGGAUGAUCUUCGGAGGAGGAGGGCACAGCUUGAUGUCUGGAAUUUGUCUCAUUUAGCAGAGACAAGUGACGGCCGUUAUCGGGUGGAGACGGAGCACAGCUGGGACUCACACCUUUCGUUGUGUGAUACAUACCCUGUCUCAUCAAACCUUGACUGGUACAAAAACAACAUCGUGCGCGCCGCCGAGAGAAAUUCAGCCACAGCACUUUCCACGAAACAAGAUCACAUCCUGCAAGCGCAGCGACGCGGUAGAAAACCACCACUCAAAUCGCAAGCGCGAGAAGUCUUCAUCGAAUCAUCUACUCAUUCAACUGUGCUCCGGGUGGAAGAGCGUGCUCGUGAGGCGGAUUCCUUGAAGACUUCUCCGGUCACAGACACUGGCGGCAAAAUGUUCGCAAAUCUGCGCUUGAACACCAAGCAGAGCCAGCAAUGGGACGUCACUCGGCCGCAGCCCACCAGCAUCGAUGCCGUGCAGCCCAGAAGACGAUCCAUCCUAGUCCACCGCGACGAAUGCCAAAACGGUCUCGGCGAGUCAAGUAGAGUGGAAGACCACCCCGAACGCCCAGAGCGGCACGUCCACUUUGCUCUGCCGCCUCUCUCAGAAUGUACGAACGAAGAGCCCGCGUCGCCAUCCUCCUCCGAUGGCUGCAUCACACCCGUCGACAGCUUCGAUGAGGUCGGUUUGCUGGAGGCCAAGAACAAAGCCAACAAGUUCGCGUUGAACGUGAACCUCCCUCCGUCUGCGACGACGGCACGGCGACGCUUCAUGAGCUAUUUAAAUGCGCUGAAGUUGCACUGCUGACGGUACCGGCCGGUCCGCGUUGUCGCAGUGUGCCGUGGCAUGGACACAGGGAAUUGCCAGCAGCCAGAGAGCUUGGCCCAAGGAAUUCCAGCUCGCUUGAUCAUCUUUCUCAUAUCCUCAUGCUUUCUGAACGCGAGCAUUCCGCAUGUGAGAUAUGACCUCCAAGGCUUGCCCUUCCGGGAUAUCGGCAACUUGCGACGAAGUGGGACCGACAAAAAUACGGAAUCGUAAAGUGUAAUUUAGCGGUCGCGACAAAGACGACGAUUAAUGAAUGUGGAGUAGUCUGGUAGAGCCAGGCUGCGGGAUUAUUGGCAAAGGCGCCAUACGCACCCUGGAGGUGGCGGCGCCAGAUGACGGGAAUGAGGAAAGCGUAUGAUUGGACUUGCUCGAUUUCGUAUGUAUCGGUUCGUUCCUCGUGAAUUGAUUUUAACAUUUG